AUGGAUCACGGUGGGGGACAGAGGAGUUCUGAAUUUUCCAUUCCUCAUCGAUAUGAAACGAAUUCAUUUCGUACAGCACUCGAUGAUUUCAUGGAUCAGCCCGAUCCCAAUUUUCAUUACCAGAUCUUUGAGACCUUUCCUGUGGAUAUCAAUGGUAUUCCCAUCAAGCAGAAAGGUGGUCCUGCAUCGUCUGCUGUUGCUACAUGUUACGUAUUGAAUAUGACCAGCCAAACUUGGCUUAGCGAUAGGGACAUUCUGAAUGGUCGAUACAUUUGGUGGCAUUAUCAUUUGGUCAUUGUUCCCAAUGAUUUGAAUAGAAAUUUAAAACAUGCAUUGAUGUGGAUGAUCGGUAAACACAAUACUGAUCUAAAACCAUAUCUAGGUGAUUUACCAGACUUGACCAAAAUUGCAGUCUCUACAAGGAGCAUUGUGACCGAGUUGCAACAAGUUCCAAACCAACCUAUUGUGUUUGCAGUGGAUCCAAAGCAUGAGGAACGCUCCGAGGAUGGAGUGGUUGCUUUGACAUGGAGAUACUUCCUAAAUGACACAAGUAAACCUUAUUGGAUUGCCCAUUUACCAAUGACAAGAGCAGGAAAAAGAGGUUUAGAUACUAUUCAAAGCUUUGCAAGAAAACAAUUGAAUGUGAAUAUUGAAACGUUUACAGUGAUGGGAGGAAGUAAGAAGGGAUGGACAACUUGGCUUCUUGCUGCUGUCGAUCAUCGUGUGACAAAUAUCAUUCCCAUGGUCAUUGCAACAUUAAAUCUACAAAAAUGUCUCAUUCAUACCUACGACAGUCUUUGUGAUUUUCCAAUUGCAAUGGAUUCGUAUAUUGAUCAAGGAAUUACAUCUCGAGUCAAAACUACACAGUUUUCACAACUUGCUGGAAUUAUUGACCCAUUGAUUUACAGAGACAGGUUUGCAAAUAUUCCAAAAUUACUCAUCUAUGCUCUGGGUGACGAAUUCUUUUGGGUAGAUUUAUCUUUAUUUUCAUUUCCAUUCCUUACAGGAGGAUUGAACAAUAAGAGACUGAAAUAUUUACCAAAUACAGGACACAAUAUGAACGGAAGUGAUAUGCUGGAUGCAGUUCAUGUUUCCUACUAUGCGUAUUUAUAUGGAAUUGAUUUACCAGUUUACGAUUUUCAUCAUAUCGAUCGAGGUCAUGGUAUCGAUGUUGAGUUACGAAUACUAAAUGGUACCAUACCACGAGUUGUGAAAUUAUGGCAAGCCACCAAUGAAAAUGCAAGAGAUUUUAGAAUUACUACAAUUGGUAAAGCGUACACAUCAAGCGUUGUACCACCAAGUGAUGAUUCUGGCCUGGUUUACAAUGUUUCUGUGAACAAUCCAAAGAAGGGAUAUACAGCUUUUAUGAUGGAAAUGGAAUUUGAUGUUAUUCAAAAACCAGGUAUUCCUGUAAUUCGAUUUACUACGAGUGCCUACAUUACGCCCACAAGCACUCCAUGUGUGUAUCCUUAUUAA